AAACUUUUUAUUUAGAUUGGUUUUGUUCAACUUUCACUUGUUUAUUUUAAACUUCAUGAUUGGAUUCAUUAUUUUUCAAAUAGUUCAACAGAACAAUGAUAAAACUAAAUCUUAAAGUUUGCAAAGAGUGAAUAAAUAAGCACUGCUUCCAUUUUAUUAACUGACCUGCUUUCUGGAAAUCAAUUCAUGAUAAUAACUAAUGAGAAGUAUUGAUGAAUUUGCAAGAUUAUUACAGAAGAUAUAACAGGAAAAAAAAUGCUCCAUGGAAGGACUGAUGUAAUGGUAGCCCAUCUAGCUUGAAGCUUACAGUGGAUUUCCUGUUUUCCUGAGUUCCAGAAAUAUUAAAAAUGGCUGAAGCUAGAGAAGUUUCAGGAACUAAUCACGGCAGAGAUUUUAGUCUUGUGGUUCCUGUAUCUGCUGACCCUGGAGAAGACGUCAUCUUACCUGUUCAUCUCUCAUCUGAAACCAGUGCUGUGUCUAUGAACAUCAGAUGGUUUAGAGGGACAGAGCUCAUUUAUCAGUAUAUGAACGGGCUGGAGAGUACAAAUAAUGAUUAUGAGAACCGAGUGAGUCUGUCCAUCCAGGAGCUGGAGAGAGGAAAUGUUUCUCUGACUUUGAGAAAUGUUCAAGAGUCAGAUUCAGGAAAAUACACAUGCAAAGUCUAUCAUGGUGAUGUAUGUCAGAAGACAGCAACAGUUCACCUACAAGUGAGAGGGGAAGGACAGCUGCAGAGAGAGAUAGUGGAACUGAAGAGACAGAUGAAGAAGGUGAAACUGGAUGGACAGAUAAAGACACUGGAACUGGAGAAACAGAGAGUGGAACUGGAAAUGGAGAGACAGAUAAUGGAACUGGAGAGACAGAUAGAGGCUCUGGAGAGGCAAAGAAAUGAACUUCGAUUACCCACUCAUACAUUACAUGGUUCUUCACCUAGACGUAGAAAUAGUAUUCAUGGAAUUCCUCCACGCAUGAGUGAUGAUGGCACACCAAUGACACCAGAAACAGAAGAGCAGAGAGAGACCAGAGACACAAGUGGGGGUAUAAGAUGCAUGCAAUUGCCGUCAUGUUCUUCACCUAGACGUAGAAAUAGUAUUCAUGGAAUUCCUCCACGCAUGAGUGAUGAUGGCACACCAAUGACACCAGAAACAGAAGAGCAGAGAGAGACCAGAGACACAAGUGGGGUGGAAAGAGAAAGUUGUGAUCCAGACACAACACAAACAGGAGAAGAGACUACUGUCACUGACCAAGAGACCCCAGGAACAUCACCACAGGUUCAGCAAAGAACUGAAAGAGCUAUACAAACACAAGAGGACCCUGGAGCAACAGUGCAAAUGGAUCAGGAAAGGAGACAAGAGAGUGAAUCCACAGAGCAAGAGCUUCACCUGGCUGAACAGAAGAUGCUGUUGAACAAGUUCCUGUAUUUGUUUUUGAGAGAAAGUUUGCAGGUCUUUGUUCUCUGUCUCUAUGCCGAAGGACAGAUACGGACUGGAGAUGAUGUCGCCCCAAUAUCCUCUAACAGCGACCCGAUCUCCUCUCUGUCUGACAUUGCAUAUUUUAAUCCUGGAGAUGAUGUGGUUCUGUCAUGUCAUCUUAAGCCGGCCAUCAGUGCCGCUUCAAUGGAGAUCAUGUGGUGGAAUAAGGAGGAUCUGGUCUUCCAUUAUAAGGAUGGAUGGGUGAAAGUGGGCUAUGAGGGUCGAGUAAAUCUUUCAUUGGACGAUCUACAAAAUGGAAAUGUGUCUUUGAUUCUCAGAGAUGUCAGGAGAUCACAGAAGGGCCUCUGUAUUUGUGAAGUCAUCCAUGAAUUUCAAACAUUGCAAGAUACUGUUUUUCUCCAUAUCAGCUCUGAAGACUUUAGUCUUGUGGUUCCUAAUGGCACUGUAUCUGCUGACACUGGAUCAGAUGUCAUCCUACCUGUUCAUCUCUCACCUGAAACCAGUGCUGUGUUCAUGACAGUCAGAUGGUUUAGAGAGACAGAGCUCAUUUAUCAGUAUAAGAACGGGCAGGAGAAAACAAAUGAUAACUAUGAGCACCGACUGAGUCUGUCCGUCCAGGAGCUGGAGAAAGGAAAUCUGUCUCUGACUUUGAGAAAUUUUCAGCCAUCAGAUUCAGGAAAAUACACAUGUAAAGUUUUUCAUGAUGGAUGUCUGCAGACUGGAAUAGUUCACUUGCAAGUGAAAGAGAUUCAGAAGUGUGAUGAAGCUAGAUUGAGGCAUCUCCACAGUGUGCUAAAACAAGUACAGGAUGACAUUAUGAUACAGAAAGUACAACUGUUAACAGGAACCUUAAGUUUGCUUCAAGAAACACUCAGUCAAGAUGGUGCCUUUGUGGAAGAUGAUGGCAUGCAUGAGCCACGCACAAUGGCAGGAGAGACACUGAAACGUUUGUUUGGGCAAAAUAUCAUAUACAUUACCGACAGAAUACGUUCUAUAAGUGCACCAAACUUGGAUAGACAUCAUCAUGAUCAAAACACAAGACAAGCAAGAGAAGGGAAUACUGCCACUCAGCAAGAGUUGUUCAGCCCAAAUAUACCAACACCGAAUCGUCAAAACAGAAUAAAAUCAGAAGGAGCAACAACACAAAUGGAUCAGGAAAGGAAACAAGAGAGUAAAUCCACAGAGCAAAGGAGGUCCUCCCUACAGGAAGAAGAAAGUGAAAGAACAUCACAAUCAGCCUCAUUACUACCAGGAGAUACAACACAAACACCAGAGAGGCCAGAAGACAGAAUGCCGAGGACUCGAAGAAGACGCCAAAGUACAAAUACAAACUGCCAGUUUACUUAAUUAUUAAACAUAAAGUAGAAGAUAUACAAUUAUUACUGGUCUAUUAGGAUUAAGCAUGUUAAUAGAACAAUCUGAAAAUCUUUGUAUAGUUAAUUGACUGUAUUUGAUGAAUGUGUCAUGUUGGAGACUGGAAUCAAUCACAAUUUUUGUGAGAUCUCAAAAACCACAUCCUCUCUCCAAAAACGCUGCCCUCCAAAAACUAUUAUAUACUACUACUACUAUAUAUUCUAUUGUUCCACAAAUGUGAAUAACCAUUGUAAAGCUCUAAUAGCGAUUCAUUGACGUCAGGAUCAUUAAUUCAUACAUUAAUUCCUGAUAUAGACCAGUAUAGGUCUGCAUUAAAAGGGUUUAGAUUAAGCCAGCAUUAGGCCUUAGUUCAAUUAGGGCAAUUAAAUUGCUUUUAUAAACGUACUGGAGCAAUUCUUGAGACAAAACAAUGGCACUGACAUAUUUUAAGAUGUAUCAGCACAAGUUGCUUUAAGUUAAAACAGCUCAAACAUGCAUUUUAGUCU